AUGUUCCGGAGGCGGCGCAGAUGUGACGUGAUGCCCCUUGUUUUGGUCCGCCCGACCAAUCGGACGCGGCGGCUGGAUUCUACGGGAGCCGGGAUGGGCCCUUCGUGGCGGCAGCAGGACUCUCCCCUGCCGACCAUAACGCAUUGCGCAGGGUGCACCACCGCCCGGUCCUCCUGCGGCUUUAACGGCCCCGGCAUGGACGCGCCGCGGCAGUUCCCGGCGGGCUUCGGCCCCGAGCAGCAGCAGCAGCAGCAGCAGCAGCAGCAGCAGCAGCGCCCGCCGCCGCACUGUCAGCAGCAGCACGGGCAGGACAAGCAGAGCCUCCUCCAGCAGCAGCAGCAGCAGAGCCCAUGCCUCCAGUGCAACAACUGCGCCUACUACGGGGCUGCUGCGGCAGCCGUGGGGGAUAACCUGCCCCUGCUGCUCCGUGCCUCCUCGCCCCUCUCGGGGGCCUUCCGGACGCACUCCUCGCCGCUGUCCUCCGCCGCCUCCUCCCGGCAGGGCAGCCAGCUGAACGUCAGCGAGCUCACCCCCGCCAGCCAUGCCCGCGCGUCCAGGCAGCCUCACCAGUACCCCCAGUACCACCAGUGCCAUAGCCUGCAGCAGCAGCAGGCAGCCAGCCCCAGCAGCAGUGUCAGCAGCGGCAGCACCCACCACCACCACCACCACCACCACCACCACCACCACCACCACCAGCUGCAGCAGCAGCAGCAGCAGCAGCAGCGCCGGGAGAGCAACCCCUUCACCGAAAUAGCCAUGAGCAGCUGCAGGUACAACGGCGGCGUCAUGCGGCCGCUCAGCAACCUGAGCUCGUCCCGCAGGAACCUACACGAGCUGGACUCCGAGUCGCAGCCGCUCCAGCCGCCGCUCGCCAGCCCCGCCGCCGCCGCCGCCCUCGGCACCCCCGCGGCCCCGGAGAUCGUCGUCUCCAAGCCUGAGCACAAUAACUCCAACAACCUGGCGCUCUACGGCCCCGCCGGCCCCGGCCCCGGCCCCGGCCCCGGCCCGGGCGGCGCCAACAACGGCGGGGGCAAGUCCAGCAAAAAGAAGAACCAGAACAUCGGCUACAAGCUGGGGCACCGCCGGGCGCUCUUCGAGAAGCGCAAGCGCCUCAGCGACUACGCGCUCAUCUUCGGCAUGUUCGGCAUCGUCGUCAUGGUCAUCGAGACCGAGCUCUCCUGGGGCGCUUACACCAAGGAGUCGCUGUAUUCCCUCGCUCUGAAAUGCCUUAUUAGCCUCUCCACGAUUAUCCUGCUCGGGCUCAUCAUCGUGUACCAUGCAAGGGAAAUCCAGUUGUUCAUGGUGGACAAUGGAGCAGAUGACUGGAGAAUAGCCAUGACUUAUGAGCGUAUUUUCUUUAUCUGCUUGGAAAUACUGGUGUGUGCUAUACAUCCCAUACCGGGGAACUAUACAUUCACAUGGACAGCCCGGCUCGCCUUUUCUUACGCUCCAUCCACAACAACAGCUGAUGUGGAUAUUAUUUUAUCUAUACCAAUGUUCUUAAGACUGUAUCUUAUUGCCAGAGUUAUGCUUUUGCAUAGCAAACUUUUCACUGAUGCCUCAUCUAGAAGCAUUGGAGCAUUAAAUAAGAUAAACUUCAAUACCCGUUUUGUUAUGAAGACUCUAAUGACAAUAUGUCCAGGAACUGUACUGUUGGUUUUUAGUAUCUCAUUAUGGAUAAUUGCUGCAUGGACUGUCCGAGCUUGUGAAAGGUACCAUGAUCAGCAGGAUGUUACUAGCAACUUCCUUGGAGCAAUGUGGUUGAUUUCAAUAACUUUUCUAUCCAUUGGAUAUGGUGACAUGGUACCUAAUACAUACUGCGGGAAAGGAGUCUGUUUACUCACUGGAAUCAUGGGUGCUGGGUGCACUGCACUGGUGGUAGCUGUGGUGGCAAGGAAGUUAGAACUUACCAAAGCUGAAAAACAUGUGCAUAAUUUCAUGAUGGACACCCAGCUAACUAAAAGAGUGAAAAAUGCAGCGGCCAAUGUACUCAGGGAAACAUGGUUAAUUUAUAAAAACACAAAGCUGGUUAAAAAGAUAGACCAUGCGAAAGUAAGGAAACAUCAACGCAAAUUCUUGCAAGCUAUUCAUCAAUUAAGAAGUGUAAAAAUGGAACAAAGGAAACUGAAUGAUCAAGCCAACACUUUGGUGGACCUGGCAAAGACUCAAAACAUCAUGUAUGACAUGAUUUCUGACUUAAACGAAAGAAGUGAAGAUUUUGAGAAGAGAAUUGUUACUCUGGAAACUAAACUGGAAACUUUAAUUGGUAGCAUUCAAGCUCUCCCUGGACUGAUUAGCCAGACAAUCAGCCAGCAACAGAGGGAUUUCCUUGAGGCUCAGAUACAAAAUUAUGAUAAGCAUGUUGCCUACAGUGCUGAACGGUCACGAUCUUUGUCAAGAAGAAGGAGAUCAUCCUCCACAGCACCACCAACUUCAUCAGAGAGUAGCUAG